AUGCCAAAAGAUGCAGAUCCGCAACCAGUUGAUGGUCACAAAUGUCUCUUCCGUGCUAAACGUGGUAGGCAACAUAUCAGCACCGUGGUCACAUCAAAGGAAGUAAACAAAUUCCAUUUGGCCUAUGUCUCGGUACUACGAGCGAAUAUGGAUAAUCUGGAAAGGCGAAAGAAGACUGACACGGCAGCAAAACCGAAACCAUCUCCGAAGAAAAGCAAUAAGGCCUGA